UUUACUCCUACAGUACCAACCUCCAACUGCCAACUGCCGCCAGCAUGAUGACCACCAAUUUACUCAUAUCGACCUUCUCUCCUUUCCCAACCUUUACUAUAUCUGUUCCCUCGGACACUCCUCUUUUCUCCUUACUACCUCUCCUACAAGAGAAAUAUCCUUCUUUACCAUCCUCAGGGCUAACACUCGGUCUCCAGUCCGGAAUCAUCUCUCCCCGUGCUCCAAUCUCGUCGUUGCACGAACUCGAAGAUGACGAUAUGCAAGCUCAUUUCGUUACUCUAAGAUUGGCUCCUUCGAUACGUGGAGGCAAAGGAGGUUUCGGUUCGCAACUGAGGGCGGCUGGUGGGAGGAUGAGUAGUCAGAAAACGAGCAACAAUGAUUCGUGUAGGGACCUCAGUGGAAGAAGGUUGAGUACUAUCAAGGAGGCCAAAAAGCUAGCUCAAUACCUCGAAUCUGAACCUGAACGCCUGGCAGCCAAAGCUGAAGCACAGAAGGCUAAACUCGAGGCUCUAGAACGUCGCUUGGGAAUCCAACCGUCCGGUUCAGGGUCCAAGGCUGGCGAUUCAGCUGGCGCAGGAGAUGUCCCCGUUUUAGCUGGAAAGAAACAUCGACUCGAUGAUUCAGAAUACCUCGAACAGAGUCAGGAGCUUAUCGAAGGUGUCAAGAGUGCAGUCUCUGCCGCUCUUCUGAAGAAAAAGAAGAAAGCAAAAACAUCAUCGUCAGACAGUGGUUCAAAGGAGACUAAAGCAACUGAAAGCGUGAAGGGCAAGGGCAAGGAAACAGUGGCGACCACAGUUGUAACGGCCGCUUAGCCUAUCCAGAGUGUGUAUACAAGCCGUUGGUUUUAUAUCCGAUGCGUCUACCUGGGUUGCACAUAACUUGUGACAAUUAGGAGAUUGAAGGUCAUUCAAUUCUAAUUAGAUCUUGCCGUGGCAAGGGACAGUGUUCGAGGAUGGAGUUUUUUUUGUCGAAGAGCGACUAAUUACAAACAAUGAAUUUACGAUACAUUAAAAUAAAUGCAAGUAGGAAUGAAAGGAUAUCCAAGUCCAAU